UUUUUAUUUUCCAUCCUGGAAGCAGUGCUCCACUAAAUCUCCUAAAAUUACUGUGUUAAUUACUAAUACCCCCAUUGCACAGCUACUUUCAUGGGUCCCCAGUGGCUAUAUCCAUGGCCAUUUACUGUCACUAACCUACCUUUGUAAUAUAAUUGUUACCAAUUUUUAUGCUUCUCUUCUUCAGGUACUCUAUACCAGUGAUUUUCAACACAGGCUUCCUUUGAGUGUCAUUUGGGAGAGGGAUUUCUCAGAAAAUAUGGAUGUUCAAAUUCCACCCCCAGGGGUCCUGAUUUAGUCUGUUUUACGUUAUAAUUGUUUUUAAAAGCACGCUAGUGAUUCACAUGUGUAGGCAAGGUAGAGAAUUAUUGUUCUGUCUUAUUCCUUAUAGCUGAAAUAACUUCAUUUCAAUUUUAUCUCUCAUAAUCUUACCCUUCCUUUAAGAUUCAGUAAAAGUGCCAUCACCCCCUCAUUUUUCUCCCAAGGAAAGACACUCUCUGCCCUCCACUUAGACCACAGGUAGUGCAGUUGGCAAGUUAAUUAUAGACCAAGUUGAUGAUGUCAUACUAGCACCAUUGACUUUCCUAUAGCAUUUCUUAUUUUAUGUAUUCUAUUUUUAGUCCCAUUUCUGACCUGCCCUCUCUGUCAGAGUUUGCAGAACUUUGAGGGGCACAAGAAGGGAGUUCUCCCAGACAGGCCAUGCCAUCUGUGGCUUAAGGGAUUUAGACCACAGAUAAUACAUUGUGUGUAAAUUAUAGUGUGAGUUGAUGCCACAUUGUCCUCAUUGACCUUUCUAUAGCCUCUCUUAGUUGUGUAUUCUCUUUUUAGUCUUACUUCCCAAACCCCCAUAGGCAGGCACCCAUUCUGAUGCAUUUAAUGUGUGCUAUUUUAUUUUUUUAAUACAGGUAUUGUUUUCUGCACAAAUAUAUUUAUUCAGUAAAUACUUUUAUUUAGCAUAGUGAACAGUUAUAUAUCACGAGUGUAUACUUAAUUCUCACAAAGUGAGCACCAUCCAUACAACCACUACUCUUCUUAUGAAAUAGAAUUUUACCAGCAGUGUCAAACCCUUUUGGACCUUGCCAGUCACCUUUUUCCUUCCUGUUUCACAAAAUAAUCUUCACAGAUACUUUUAUCUGUUUUAAACUUUAUAUAAGUGUAACAGUUCAAGGUGUAUGCAGUAGUGUCUGAGUUCUUGUGCUAAAUACCAUGUUUUUGAGUUCAUCCAUGGCGUUGCCUAUAGUAGGAAUUUCUUCCUGUUUAUUGUUGUAUAUUUUUUCAUAGUAUUAAUAUGCAAUAUGUCUCCAUUCUACUUGUAAUGGGAAUUUGAGUUUCCAGGUUUGCUACAAGUAAUGCUAUUAUGACCACUUUGUGCAUGUUCUUUUGUGUAUAUAUGUGUGUUUCAUGGGGAAAUAUACUUAAGAGUAGAAUUACUAGAUCAGGAUCCGGUUAUGUUUAACUUUGGUAGUUAUGUCAGAGAGUAUUACACGGUUGUUAGAUUUGUUCUCCUACCAGCAGUGUAUUAGAGCUCCAGUAGUAGCACAUUCCCCUAAAAAUAUUUGUAUUAGUCUUUUUGUUUUAGCCAUCAUAGUGGAUGUUUAAUGAUAUCUAUAAGGUUUUUUCCUUGUGUCCAGUGUUAUCCCUGAAUCUGGUAAUCUUUGAAUUAUCUCCUCAUAUCUGGUGAUAUUUGAAUUAUUUGCUUAUCCAGAGCAUUCCGUGAGUUCAUGGUAAGAGUUAAGCAAAUCAUUUCAACGUCACCACAUACCAAACCGUUGAUGGCUCGGUUUCAGCUUCCUUUCUAAAGGCAUUUUCUAAUCUGUUCUGCUAAGCUACAAGAUGACAGCUGCAGAGACUUCACAGAAAAUGUUAAAAGUAGACCUUACAUUCAGAGAUGGCUUAGAAGAGGGAGAAUCUGGUAAAACUCUGCAAAGAAAAUGCCUAGCACUUAUGUCUCCAGUAACUCCUGUCAAGGUUUAUUGUUGCCUGUUCAUCAUUGCAGUUCUGACUACAAGUGUGGUUACACUUUCUAUUGUUUUGUCGGUUUUAAUGAGAGAAGAAAAGCCGGUGAUGGAGUCACCUAAGUACGCUGCUUGCCCAAAAAGCUGGAUUGGAUUUGGGAGUAAAUGUUUUUAUUUUUCUGAAGACACAAGAAAUUGGACAUUCAGUCAAGUCUUCUGUGUCUCAUUAGAAGCCAGCCUCGCUCAGUUUGCAACUAUGGAAGAACUGAAUUUCCUGAAAAGAUACAAAGGCCCUUCUGACCAUUGGAUUGGCCUUAGAAGAGAAUCAUCCGAUGGCAUUUGGAGGUGGACAGACAACACAGAACAUAAUAACACGUUUCCUAUCAGAGGAGUUGGAGAAUGUGCCUACCUGAAUGACAAUGGAGUCGGUAGUGCCAGCAUCUACACAGACAGAAAAUGGAUUUGUAGCAAGCCAAACAGUUAUGUCUACAGUUGCCAAAUUAGAAACUCUUUACAGAAUUUCCCUAUGGAUGUAUCAUAACUUGUUAUAUAUAGUUGAUGUGUAUAACACCUGGAAACACCUGGAUAUCCAGGCAGAAGACUGCCAUAGAGGUGGAUCCCUCUUGAAGAACCUCUGCUAGGGCAGUGCAGAGAUCCCCCACUGGGAUGCUGCCUGGUAGAGCUGUAAAAAGAGAGCCGCCCUCCUCUGAGUUCCUGGAAAGCCCACACUCACUAACUUUGGGACUCUCAAGACUCACCUAAAUCAGUUGAAAACUGAUUUAUUGAAAGCUGCUCAAUUACAGAGGAGGGCAUCCUCAGAAAGUAAGAGGAGGGCAGCCUCAGAAAGCUGUCUUUGUUUUAAAGCCUUCUUUUAUAUGUAGAAGCUAAGUUAUGCCUACAUGUGAGUAGGCUGUCGGUGUGACACAACUUAGUACUUUGUUGAUAUAAAGAAACUUACCCUUGUCAUUUUAGUGCAUAAGUACAUCAAAGUCUGACUAUAGCUAUCUUAAAAGCAUGUACUGUUAUGUGACAUUGGGACAUCUGGACAUUCUGCUAUUGUAGGCGUUUGUCCUUGCAGGCAUUACUACACUUCCUUAGCUGUAAACAUCUUAUGACCAUGGGUCAUUUUCUUUAUCCAGUCUGCUGUUGAUAGGCAUCUACAUUGAUUCCAUGUUUGGCUAUUGUAAAUAGUACAGCAGUAGACUUCCAUGGUUCAGCUUUUGUGGUAACAAAGUUGUGAAUUGUUCUUCAGUUGUGAUGGACCCUCAGGUCAUAUAACCUGAGCAUGGCCAGGUGAACCAAGUACGCAACCACAGGGAAAACCCAAUUGUUCAGACUGAGGUACAGAGGCUGAAUUAAGAAGUGGGCACACGGUGGCAGGAUCCAGGAUCCAACUGGAUGGAACUCUGGUCUCACUCCAUGGCAGGAUCCAGUCAGCAUGCUUUCCAGCAUCACCUCAUUACAAGAUCCAAUCAGAUGGUGUCUCGUUAGUCUAUGCUUAUAAAACCUGACCCAGUUCCCAGCUUGAGGAAGGACUGCUUUGGGAUUGCCCAGUGUUCUCUUUACUCUCUGCAAGAGAUGAACUCUUGCUAAAUCCUCCCUGGCUGUGGUCAUGGGGUUGACACUUGACAAGUGACUAACCCGCCUGUUGUGUGGGUAACAUUUGGAACAUAUUUCUUUAUCUUCUUUAAUACUCUCAGCAUUGGUGUCUGUGCACCAGAUAACACAGCUUCCUUUCCAGUCUUCACAGACAGGUCUCAUACAGGAGAACACCUUUACCAACCAGUCCAGACAGAGGUUCUGUGUGCCACUUAGACUGUCAUGGUAGUUGAAGUCACAAUGUUUGUUCUUAAUGGUCCUCAGGCGUCUAGAGUAUGCCAGAUCCUUUCAGUGCUCAGACACAUGAGAUAAAAUCCAGUUCCCAGGUAGCAGCCGGAAAAGCUGGGGGGCUAGUUAUUUGAUCUGUCUCCUUUGCUUUUCAGAGAGAAGCUGGAGGCUGGGCUUUAUCACUCUGCACUGAGCCAAAGUGGGGAGCAGUGAAAGUACCCACAUGCUUAUUAAAAACUGCUCUGAAAAUAUUUGAAGUAACACGGCUGUAACAAUUACUAUUUAAAAAACAACUGUUGUUUUGUGUAGCCCCAGAGGUUUAACAGAUGCUGGGCCCUGUCAGCUCACCAAAACAGGGAAGUUAGAAACCAGUUCCUCUCUUCAACCAAGGGUUAAUAAGAAAAAAAAGAAACCAAUCCCUCUAGUAAUACCUAGAGAAGUACCAGAUAGGCUUCACAGCGUCUCUAGGUAUCCCCUCCUCAGGGAUAGGCUGAGAGAUGGGAGUUCCUUCCCAGCCAUGUGGCAUCAUAUGAGGGCUGGGGAUUAUUAUCACAGUGUGUGCAAGUUGUUUCCUGCCAGUUCUGAUGUGGAUAGUUUCACACUCACCUCGGGUGCAGGAGUGGCUCAUUAGUUUCUGGAUUUCCAAUGAUGGAAAUUUAUCUGUGUGUUGCUGUUGAACUGAUGUGUCCAUGGUGAGGAAGGAGAGUUUAGACCUUUUUAUUCUGCCAUCUGGUGACUGACAGUUUCUUUUAAUGCUCUACUAUCAUACAAUCUAGUUACUACAUUUGUAGACAUUUCUCUCACAUAAAUGACAAAAUGUAUUUACACAAAAGCCUGUAUAUACAAUGUUCAUAGCAGCUUUAUUCUUACUAGCCAGAAUCUAUAAAAACCAUAUGUCUCACAAUGAGUAAAUAAUUAAGUAAACGCUGUUACAGGCAUACAAUGGAAUACUACUCAGCAGUAUAAAGGAAUGGACUAUGGAUGCAUACAAAACUUCCUUGAAUCUCAAAGUACUUAGGCUAAGUUAGAAGAGCCAAUUACCAAAGAUUGCAUUUUGUAUGAUUAAAUUUAUGUAACAUUCUUGAAAUGACAAAAUUGUGCAUAUAGAGAAUGAGGGUUAUGGAUAGGUGAGUGAA